AUGAAGCUUUGUUGUCCAUUUUUGGGAGUGGUAAUAGGUCUUGUCUGUUCUCGUCUACCCGAAGGUAACCAUGAAGCACAGGAGCAAUCGCUGAACCAUCUGGCCGCUGUUUGUCUUUAUCUUCCUGAGAUCCCCUUUUCUGGAAAGGCCCCUAUCACCUUGAGUACGGAUGAUGAGUUCGGCAAUAUCUGCCUGGUUAUUUCAUCCUGGUUACGAGAUCACGGGGACUAUGCAAAUGCUCGAAUGGCUCUAUGCGGUCGUAUGAAGAAGUGCCUUGCUCUGCUGUCGGUCGACGACCCUUCUAAUGAUGAAGACGCCUGGUACCCGCUUUCCCAGACGUUCCUGGACAAUGCAGACAGUGACGAAGACCUAAGCGGUGCUCUAUACUUGAUGAAGACCCGUUGUAGGAGUGACUCCACGGCAGGUCUUAGGGUUUCUCUUGAACCCGAAGUAGAAGCUGUUCGAACGCACGGAAAGAGGCAUAUUGAAGGCGACAAGUCGUCCGAGAAUGAAAGCGCGGUGGAAGCCAAGAGAGCCCCGGAGCAGGAGGACGGGGAGGAGAACGAUCCGGAGUCAAAUCCUAGCUUGGACCCCUCCGGCCCCAGCUUCCUGAUUGCCUUACGUGUGCGCAAAUUGCUAGCUCAAGGUACAGAGCGCGUCCUGCUGGUAUUUCUGUCGAACGUGCCCCAACUCCGUCUUGUGUCCUCGCUGCUAUCGUGA